AUGCAGGCGCCGUCAGCUGCGGGACCUUGCCAAGCAGUGCAAGCGACGAAGGUCCUGCGGGAGCUUGCCAAGAAGAAUGCCGAAAAAGCUUACCGCACGCUGCAGUACAUGCAGCAAGAGAUGCUGGAGCCCAACGUCUUCCAUUUCAGUUCCAUCAUCGGCUCGAAUUGGACCUUGGCCCUUAGCCUGAUCUUCCAUCAGAUGCGGCAGCAGCUGGUGCAGUGUAACGUGGUAACCUACAACGCUGCGAUGGAUGCCUCUUGCAGAGGCUGGCACUGGGAUUUGGCGAUGGAGCUCCUCCACAACAUGCCGAGCAGGACACUGGAGCCAGACAUGUACAGUGACAGCACGCUGCUGCGCAGUUUGCCGUGGUGCUUCGCGACGACCAUGCUGCAGAGGGCGGCCUUGGCCGCUUGCAACUCAGCGAUGAAGGCUUGCGAGGCCCAAUGGCAGGCAGCCUUGCGCACAAUGCAGCUCGCCAAGCUGCAGCUCUCGCUGGACACUGUCAGCUACGGAGCAGCUCUCAGCGCGUGUGCUUCCUCUGGGCUUUGGCAGCGAGCAGCCCGCUUGCUGGGUGGCAUGCGCGCAGAACAGGUGGUGGCAGACCUCAUUUGCUUCAACUGCGUCACCAGCUCGUACGAGACUGGUGGGCGCUGGCCAUUUGCCCUUGUGGCUUUGGGCGCCUAUUGGCCGCCAAGUUUGGUGUCGUACACUUCAGCCAUGAGUAGCUGCCAUCGCGGAACCCACUGGCAGACGGCCUUGUGCCUGCUGAGCUCUGUGCAGCGCCGCUUGCGCGCCAGCCGGGCCUGCUUGAACUGUGCGUUGAGCGCAUGCGCUCGUGGUACUCUGUGGCAGCAGGCACUAGCAAUGAUAUCCGAAGACACUCCUGACGCCACUGGUGUGAGCGCGGCCAUUCAGGCCUUGGGGCAGGCCCAAUGGAGCUAUGUUCUGCAGCUGCUGCGCCUUCCACAGCUGGAUGCCGUGUGCUACAACAGCGACGCGCUUGGUAUACUGGGGGCAGCUGGUCGAUGGCAACUUUGCUUGGAGGUAUUGAUGCAGAUGCAAGUGUCCCACACGGAGCUCAGUGUUUCCAGCUAUAGCCCCGGCAUCAGCGCUUGUGCUGCCCAACUACUUUGGCGUCACUCCUUGGCCUUGUUGAGCCAGAUGCAGUUCAAUGAGGUGGCUCCAGAUGCCUUGUCUCUCGCGUUUGUUCUGGCAUCACGGCCAAAUUAUGGGUUCUCAGCUGCGCUGCUGACAAAAGUCGAGGCUGUUGCACUGCGCCAGUGUGCCAUGGGCAAGGCGAUCAAUGCGACGCCUUGA